UGUGCAAUAUCUGUCACAUCGUGCGAGACAGUUCGUCGAAUUUAAUGUUAAAGAAUGUUUUGAUUAGAAUGCUGGAAAUAUAAAUUCUAAAUGCACAGUGAACGAAAAGUUACAAAAAUGAGUAGCGAUGAAAAGGAUAGCAGCGACGAAAUAUGGGAGCAAAUUCUGGAGCAACGAUCCAUCCAGAAGGCGGAAGCCGAACAGGAAACCGAUCCCAGCCGUAAGAUGCUCGAAUCCUGGCUGAACAACACCUUCCGAAUAAAAAUGACCGACGGCCGGAUACUGAUAGGAAUGUUUGUCUGUACGGAUGCCGAUGCAAACGUUAUUCUCGGGAUGACGAGCGAAUUCACGGAAAACGGCGGAGAAGAACGGGUUCUGGGACUAGUCAUGAUUCCCGGGAGGUACAUCGUGUCGAUUGAGAUCGAUGAGGCCAAUCCGGUCGGUGCAAAUUAGCUUAAGAUUUUGUAUUUUAUCUAUUUAUUCAAACAAACUGUACACUCUCGGUUAGAACUCAAAACCAUGAUUAAUAAAUCACUCGCUAACUGUAUCUUAAA